AUGUUCAAGCCUACCUCCCCUUUACUCAGUGGUCUAUUAUGGAAAAUUCCCUGGCGCCUGUCCAGUCCUCAGAAAGCUAGACAACGAAAGCGGCUACGAGCAGUUGACAAUGUUGUUGAUACGGUUUACGCUGCGCUGGAAAGAAAUGGACUUGGAGCCACGAAGCCUGUAGAGCGGUGGUACCGAGAGAUGCCUAGGGAGGAGGAAAUGCUACCACGAGACAAGUAUACUAUUUUCGACCGGAAGGAGAAGAAGUACCGCAAGGGAAUACAUAAACUUCCCAAAUGGACUCGUGUUAGCCAGAGAAUUAACCCUCCUGGUUUCUAG